AUGUAUUGUAUGAUUGAUUUGUUGAUUCCGACCACGGGUGUGUUAAUAACAGUCUAUUACAACUUUACAGAUAGCCUCCGACUGCUACUCGUCGGCUGCCCGUUUGAAAGGCGUUUUAUGGUUAUGGGAAACGUUUUCCAAGCCCCUGGUAUGAAGCAAUCGUUUGUCGAGGACGCUCAUGUUCAUGCAUCCGAUGCUGCUGUGAUACGACGGCGAGAUUACUUUUUCAAAGACUAUUCGCCACCUACGGUAGUUUGGAAGCUAUCCACACAAAACGUUUACGACCCUGAUUUAUACUAUCCAAUCUAUGACAUCAAUCCGGCUAAACGUAUCUAUCGGGGACAAUGCUUCCUCAUCAAUCAACGGGACUUCCUUCCGGAGACUGGUCAAGCUUGCCGAUAUGGGACAGACAAAGAUGCGGAUCGGGUGGAGCGUCUGUUCAAACGGCUGGGCUAUCAUGUACAACGAUAUUUCAACGUGAACCGGGCAAUGAUGCAACGUUUGUUUCAUGAAGCUGCAACGCUUGACCACAGUAGUUCCGAUAGUUUCGUUUGCUUCAUUCUGAGUCACGGAGAAAAUGGCAUGAUUUACGCGACUGAUGGUCCCGUCUCGGUGGAAGCUGUUGUCUCUUGCUUUCGUGGCGACCGUUGCCCUACGCUUGUUGGAAAGCCAAAACUGUUCUUUCUCCAGGCUUGUCGUGGGACGCGAUUUGAUGAGGGCGUUAGUCUUCCCCUGAAGACGGACGCAGUGGAGGAAAUCCUAGUAACCAAACUGCCAUCCGAAUCCGACAUCCUUUUGGCCCAUUCCACCGUCCCCGGCUACUUUGCCUGGCGAAAUUCCGCUUCUGGAAGCUGGUUCAUCCAGGAACUGUGUAAAAUAUUGGAGGAUGAUCUCACUGGUAAACAGCCCCAUGACAUUCUCACUCUACUGACAGUGGUUGCAAGAUGUGUCGCCUAUCAAUACCGAUCAAAUACCGGGCGCCCGGACUCCUGCAGUAUGGUGCAAAUGACUGAUUUGUCGUCUACACUAACUCGUCGGAUGUACUUGACCGGUAGUCCUAGAUGUCGCUGAAUACUCUGGACUAUUCUUCUGAAGGAUGGAGCUAUGAAGUAUACCUCAUUCGAUGUCUCCCCAGUCAUGGUCCCCAUAAGACGUCCUCUUACAACCUUCACUGCGGAAUAGAUAUCUAUUGACCGUUAUUUUUGUGCAUUUAAUCACUAUUUUUGGAGCAUUUUUCUGGAUAUUUCUAAAUAUUUGUAUUCAGUUUUUGUUGUUUACUGGACCGUUUAUCAAUAGAUAGUG